GCUGCGUCCUGCUUCGUGGCCAUCCUCUUCCGACCAGAGGGCCGUGGGCUCCCCCUCUGCCCCGGCGGCUCCCGCGAACCGCCAGAAGCCGACGAGGGCAACUCGGGGGGCCUUAGGCUUGCAGCCUCGAGAUUCACGGACCCUGAGCUCUGAGACUCCCUAGGACAAUGACUCAAGCCGAAAUUAAACUGUGUUCUUUGUUACUGCAAGAGCAUUUUGGGGAGAUCGUAGAGAAAAUUGGAGUCCACCUAAUCAGAACUGGCAGCCAGCCUCUCAGAGUAAUUGUGCAUGACACAGGGACAUCUCUAGAUCAGGUGAAGAAAGCCCUUUGUGUUCUCAUCCAACAUAACCUGGUGACAUACCAAGUGCACAAACGUGGUGUCGUGGAGUAUGAAGCCCAGUGCAGCAACAUGUUGCGAAUGCUCAGGUAUCCCCGGUACAUCUACACCAUCAAAACCCUGUACAGUGAUACUGGGGAACUGAUUAUUGAGGAGCUCCUGUUGAAUGGCAAAAUGACCAUGUCUGCUGUUGUGAAGAAAGUGGCAGAUCGGCUCACAGAGACCAUGGAGGAUGGAAAGACAAUGGACUAUGCGGAGGUAUCAAACACGUUUGUGCGACUGGCAGACACGCACUUUGUACAACGCUGCCCGUUGGUGACUGCCACUGCAGAUUCAGAUUCUGAGCCACCACCACCUGCCCCUACACUUGUUAUUAAUGAAAAAGACAUGUACAUGGUUCCUAAACUCAACUUGAUAGGAAAAGGGAAAAGGAGGAGGUCGUCUGAGGAAGAUGCUACUGGGGAGCCCAAGGCCAAGAAGGCGAAGCACAGCACGGACAGCAAAGAGCCUGUUCCGGAUGAUGGGAUUUACUGGCAGGCCAACCUUGACAGGUUCCAUCAGCAUUUCCGUAAUCAAGCCAUUGUGAGCGCGAUUGCCAACAGGAUGGACCAGACAAGCAGCGAGAUUGUGCGGACCAUGCUCCGGAUGAGUGAGAUCACCACGCCCUCCAGUGCUCCCUUCACCCAGCCACUAUCUUCCAAUGAGAUCUUCAGAUCCCUACCUGUGGGUUACAACAUCUCUAAGCAAGUUCUUGAUCAGUAUCUCACUCUGCUGGCAGAUGACCCUCUAGAGUUUGUUGGGAAGUCUGGCGACAGUGGCGGAGGAGUGUAUGUCAUCAACCUCCACAAGGCACUGGCAUCCCUGGCCACAGCCACUCUGGAAUCCGUCGUACAGGAGAGGUUUGGGUCUCGCUGUGCCAGAAUAUUCCGUCUAGUUUUGCAAAAGAAACACUUGGAGCAGAAGCAGGUAGAAGAUUUCGCAAUGAUUCCUGCAAAGGAGGCAAAAGAUAUGCUAUAUAAGAUGCUCUCCGAAAAUUUCGUAUCACUCCAGGAAAUCCCCAAAACUCCAGAUCAUGCUCCAUCCAGGACCUUCUACUUAUAUACUGUGAAUGUGCUCUCAGCUGCCCGGAUGUUACUGCACAGAUGCUACAAGAGCAUAGCCAACCUGAUGGAAAGGAGGCAGUUUGAAACCAAAGAGAACAAGCGUCUAUUAGAAAAGUCUCAGAGGGUGGAGGCCAUCAUUGCAUCUAUGCAGGCCACUGGGGCCGAGGAGGCCCAGUUACAGGAAAUAGAGGAGAUGAUCACAGCCCCUGAACGGCAGCAGCUGGAGACGCUGAAACGCAAUGUCAACAAAUUGGAUGCCAGUGAGAUCCAGGUGGAUGAAACCAUCUUCCUGCUGGAGUCCUACAUCGAGAGCACCAUGAAGAGACUGUGACCCAGAAGAAGCCACUCUUAGACAUUGUGGAGCCGUGGAAAGAAAAGCAAGGAGUUGCCUGGAUGCAUUCGUUGCAGAUUCCUGUGCUAAGACCUGCCACCCCACACCUAUCAGCUAGGUGGCAAGAAUUUGACCUGUCAAAGUUGACUGAUUUGUUUUUUUAUCUUAUUCUUUCAAACCCUCAACACUGGAAAGAAACUUGGAUAAACCAAAUUAAUCAUCUGUCAAAUGUCAUCAAGAUCUCACCAAAGACUUUUGAGCAUCUCUGGCAGUAGGGAAGUUUUUCCUAAAUAGUUCCAUUCUCAAAAGUCAGUGACUUACAAAAAAUAAAAUAAAAAAGUCAAUGGC